AUGUUCAUUCUUGGUCUCCUCUUUCAUUACACCACCCACACAGAUGCUCACCACCACCGCAUCCUCCCCGACGUUUCCAUCGCAUCUAGUCAUCAACACCAUCUCGCGCAACGCCGCCGCGAAAUAAAAGUGCGACGCCAAAACUCCAGCGCCUAG